AUGAGGCAGGAAUGUGGCUCUACAGAACAACUUGAACUCCGACUUUCUCUCCGUGUUCACAGUAAAAACAGUCAGGCAGAACCCAGCUGUGUCUCCAUGAAGAGCGGCCGGUCGAUUGAUUUUUUUUUGGAUUUCAAAACUGGUGUUUCCUCAGACCAGCACUGUGAAAUUAUUAAACCAUCUUUUUUCACAGGAAGCAACCUGGACCUGGACCUGGACCUGAACCUGGACCUGAGCCCAGCUGACUUCCUGAGGAGGAUGAAGCAGGAGGAGCUGGCUGAGCGUCUGCAGAGCAACUACUUUGCUCCAGUUUGUCAACAUAAACUAAAAUGUGGUCUGAAGAAGAAGUUCCAGUGUGUGUUUGAGGGGAUUGCUAAAGCAGGAAACCCAACCCUUCUGAACCAGAUCUACACAGAGCUCUACAUCACAGAGGGAGGGACUGCAGAGGUCAAUGAUGAACAUGAGGUCAGACAGAUUGAAACAGCAUCCAGGAAACCAGACAGACCAGAAACAACCAUCAGACAAGAAGACAUCUUUAAACUCCCACCUGGAAGAGAUGAACCAAUCAGAACAGUGAUGACAAAGGGAGUGGCUGGCAUUGGGAAAACUGUCUUAACACAGAAGUUCACUCUGGACUGGGCUGAAGACAAAGCCCACCAGGACAUCCAGUUGACAUUUCCACUGACUUUCAGAGAGCUGAAUGUGCUGAAAGAGAAAAAGUUCAGCUUGGUGGAACUUGUUCAUCACUUCUUUACUGAAACCAAAGAAGCAGGAAUCUGCAGCUUUGAAGAGUUCCAGGUUGUCUUCAUCUUGGACGGUCUGGAUGAGAGUCGACUUCCUCUGGACUUCCACAACAAUGAGACCCUGACUGAUGUUACAGAGUCCACCUCAGUGGAUGUGCUGCUGACAAACCUCAUCAGGGGGAAACUGCUUCCCUCUGCUCGCCUCUGGAUAACCACACGACCUGCAGCAGCCAAUCAGAUCCCUCCUGACUGUGUUGGCAUGGUGACAGAGGUCAGAGGGUUCACUGACCCACAGAAGGAGGAGUACUUCAGGAAGAGGUUCAGAGAUGAGGAGCAGGCCAGCAGGAUCAUCUCCCACAUGAAGACAUCACGAAGCCUCCACAUCAUGUGCCACAUCCCAGUCUUCUGCUGGAUCACUGCUACAGUUCUGGAGGAUGUGCUGGAAACCAGAGAGGGAGGAGAGCUGCCCAAGACCCUGACUGAGAUGUACAUCCACUUCCUGGUGGUCCAGACCAAAGUCAAGAAGGUCAAGUAUGAUGGACGAGCUGAGACAGAUCCACACUGGAGUCCAGAGAGCAGGAAGAUGAUUGAGUCUCUGGGAAAACUGGCUUUUGAUCAGCUGCAGAAAGGAAACCUGAUCUUCUAUGAAUCAGACCUGACAGAGUGUGGCAUCAAUAUCACAGCAGCCUCAGUUUACUCAGGAGUGUUCACACAGAUCUUUAAAGAGGAGAGAGGACUGUACCAGGACAAGGUGUUCAGCUUCGUCCAUCUGAGUGUUCAGGAGUUUCUGGCUGCUCUUCAUGUCCGUCUGACCUUCAUCAAGUCUGGAAUCAACCUGAUGGAAGAUGAACAAACAGAUUCUGUUUGGUCUAAGUUAUUAAAUAAACCAGAACUACGUCUCCAUCGUAGAGCUGUGGACGAGGCCUUACAAAGUCCAAAUGGACACCUGGACUUGUUCCUCCGCUUCCUCCUGGGUCUUUCACUGCAGACCAAUCAGAGUCUCCUACGAGGCCUGAUGACACAGACAGGAAGUAGCUCACAGACCAAUCAGAAAACAGUCCAGUACAUCAAGAAGAAGAUCAGUGAGAAUGUGUCUGCAGAGAGAAGCAUCAAUCUGUUCCACUGUCUGAAUGAACUGAAUGAUCGUUCUCUAGAGGAGGAGAUCCAUCAGUUCCUGAGAUCAGGACGUCUCUCCACAGAUAAACUGUCUCCUGCUCAGUGGUCAGCUCUGGUCUUCAUCUUACUGUCAUCAGAAGAAGAUCUGGAGGUGUUUGACCUGCAGAAAUACUCUCCUUCAGAGGAGGUUCUUCUGAGGCUGCUGCCAGUGGUCAAAGCCUCCAGCAAAGCUCUGCUGAGUGCGUGUGGUCUCUCAGAGAGAAGCUGUGGACCUCUG